UGUAAAUGAUGAAUGUGUGCAUUACGCAAGACUCCUAAAUCUACUUACACAUUAGUAUCAUCAUGACUGACAUUAAUAUGCAUGAGUAAUUCAUAGAUAAUAAAGGUUAGCUUUCCAUAUGCUCAUUUUAUCAGCUGUAAACACAAACCUGAACUACCAAAUGGGCCUGAUUCAGAAUAUUUUAAUUUCAGAAUAACGUUUAAGCAGCGAUCAAACUAUGGUCUGUACGGACUGGUUGAGAAAGAACUGUUUUGACAUUCAUUCCAUGUUUGUUUGCUGGAACUGUUAAUUAGAACAACAUAUUUGCAAUGACUUGACUGUGAAAAGAGCAAGACUAAUAAUCGUUUCAUUGGAAAAUACCUAAGAUGCAUAAACAGCUCAGUGAAGUUCACGGGAAACGAGUCGAAGCACAAAAAUGUAACCAAGAACACACGAGUGCCUGAUAAGAAUCUGAAGUGUAACUCUCAAGGGCAUUUUACCACUCUUACAAUAACACUGGAGAAACCUCAAAGCACCGCCGCACAGAGCUAAAUACCUCCCUUUAUCAGCUGAAGCUGAAGAUUCUCCUGCGGUAUUUUGUUUAUUUGUUUGGCCCUCCAGGAAAUACCUUCUCCAGCUAUUCUGUCGUUAAUAUUAGUGACUGUACUUAUGUAUUUGUGUCCCCUUCAGUGGAAUAAAUCAAAAUAGCGUUUGAAGCAUAGGGGCGGGACUGUGCCGGGUCCCUCAGUACCACAGAAAUCUACCCAGUUGUGAGGAAACCCUCCAAACCUGUUGGUGCAGUGGUGCAUGCGUGUGAUGGUGCGGCGACACUGAAGACCGUCACACAGACUCCUGGAGAAGCACACUGAGGGCCGUCCGUCGAGAUGCAUCAGGGACGUCUGCGGCUGCGGCCGUGGCUGGAGGAACAGAUCGAAUCCGGCACAUACCCUGGAGUCGUGUGGCUGGAUCAGUCUGCCAGAGUUUUCCAGAUUCCCUGGAAGCAUGCGGCCCGGCACGGCUGGAAUAUCGAGAAGGACGCGACUCUGUUUCGAAACUGGGCCAUCCACACAGGGCGAUACAAACCCGGCACAGACAAACCCGAUCCCAAGACGUGGAAAGCAAACUUCCGAUGUGCGCUCAACUCCCUGACAGACGUCAAAGAGCUUCAGGACAAGAGCGUCAAGAAAGGCCACAACGCUUUCAGAGUUUAUAUUCUCCUCCCACACAGCAAAACAGUCAAAAGACGCAAAGCUUUAAGGUGUUUGGAUACCGACAGUAAAGCAGCAAUGUCUCCACAAACACAGAGGAACAUACCACUGGAGAGAUUUACAGCUAAGACACAAACGUCCUUCCCUACUUUAAUGGAGAUGUCAUAUCUUUCCCGUAUGGAUACAGAGGCCUUCUGGAAGCUCACACACGACCGAGGCAGUGCCACGGCUGAAGCCAGGUGUGUGGAGGAGGAGAGACCAGUCAUCACCUUCUCACAGGGACUGCAGCUGAACAAAACAGAUGAGCACGAGAAAAGAGAAGCUGUGCUGAAGAUCGUGGAUCACCUGAAGCACCCGGAGCACUGGAGUCCCUCGUACGAGAGCGACCGGGGCUGGAGACCCAACUCCAUGUGGAUGGGAUGCCUGUGUGAGACGAUGGAGUUUUCUGGUUACUCCUUCCAGACUGACUGUAACGUUCACAAUACCUCGUCAGGUCAAUACGACUAGACCCACUAAACCAGCAGGUUCAUACUACUGCAUUUGUAUUUUUUGCAGUGCAACUGAAGAAAAAAGUCAUUAAUGUUAAUAAGUGGACAGUGAAACUGUGCCUGAAUGAUUUUGAGUUGUAAUUAUGUUAAAUUAUGCUAAAUGACAAUUUCUUGGUCACUAAAGAAGACAUCAGCUAUUUUUAUUUGUUUGCCAAACUUUUCAAUAAAUCUUGAGUUUAUGCUUUGG